CGCUUUUCCUCAAUGUGAUUGCUCGGCGUUCCACUAGGCAUGCCUGAAGGUGUAGGGGCGUGGCUUAUAUGUCUGGAGCCUAGCUGUAGGUACAUCAUGUAACGUUUGGCUAUUCACUCCGGUCACGUUUUGUUCUGCUCGGUACCGACGCUUGAGUAUGGAUAGUACCAUAAUUAUAUCGGAUGAAUCCGAUUCGGAUAACAAGGAGGCGGAUAUCCCUACAGUAUGGUGGCAUGGGCUGCGGCGGCAAAAACUGAGGGAUUUCGUUUUGCACAGCGAAGACUCUUCCACGCAAAAAAAGAAGAGCUCUCCGCAGGACAUCAUCGAUUUGACAGCAAAUAGCUGUGACCUGGGUAAUAUUUCAGGAUCGGAGAGUGAGGUCAUCGACUUGACGGAGGACAUGAGGGAACCUGUGAUUAAAACUUCUCCUGUCAGUUUUGAGUGCAACUAUAGCAGCUCUGACUCCGAUUCAGAGCUGGUGAGUGCAAAAGAAUUAUUCAGUUCGAAUAAGAAACUCAUUGGGUAUCUCACAAUAGACCAUGAGGACUUCGAUACUGGACCCAAGUCAGUUUCAAGUAGCAGCACUUAUGUUAAUAGUGGCAUAGACUCCUUGGAUAGUUUAAAAGCUCUAUUGGUCGAUCAAAGCGAAUCUCCUAGAGGACGUAAAGUAUCGAGUGAAAGCAACAACGUUGAACUUCCUGUGCCAGUACCUAUAUUGCGUUCCGUAAUUUCAACUUUAAACAACACACCGCUAUCAGACUUUUCCGCAAAAUGUUCUGCAGCAGAUUCUCAGAGGAAUCCUGCAGACAACGCCAAUUCCUCAUUAGGACCUACUGUUAAUACACAACAUAAGGACCUGGUCUCUAAAGAGGAGUCUACAUUCGACAAGGCUUGGCUGUACAAACUGAGAUGCUAUAGGAAUCCCCCUAUACAUCACUUAUUUUGCCACAGACUGAAACAGAAUGAAGAGACCAGAAAGAAGCUGAAAAUGAAACCACAGCAAAUUCCUUUACGUCGUAUGAACUUUGUGGAAUCUACUAUGGAAGAGAACUUUCCGCAGGGCACGUUGCACUUUCUCAAUGAGUUUGUAUCCAUGCAUUAUUAUCCACCGACCACAGUCCUUUGCCACGUUGUCUCAGUCUUGCUUGAGUCAGAAGAAUCGGGCAUUAGAAAUGAUGCUUACACUCUUCUUAUGAAAGUGCAGAGGCUACACCCAGCUAACCAAGAUGCAGUAACCUGGUACUGGGAUUUACUUAGUAAUGUCGUGGAAAACAAGGAGCAGCCAGUGUUGUGCCUAUUUCUUCAGUACGUGGUCCAGACACUAGAAGAUGAUUUCCAACUCUGUUUACAACGACGGUGUCUACAUACUUGCUUGUCUAAAGUAAUGUUAUCUUGGGACAAGAACGUCUCUCACAUCAGAGAUGUAAUUAAAUGGCUGAUAAAAACAAUAAAUGACUCUCAAAUCGGCCUGGAAGGGAACAAUGGUGCUGACUGUGAUAACCAAAGGAUUAUAUGUCUUCUGCAGCGCAUGCUUUCCAUUGCUGUGGAAGUGGACUUGUCACCCUUUUGCACUUCAACUAAGAUUGCAGUCUUUGUAUUUCCUUAUGUGAUCUGCUUAACCACCCGCCAUGAAAGGGAGAUGUUUUUAAGCAGCAUAGAGAGUGCCCUCCUACGAGCCAGAGUUAUCGAAGUUAUCCUUCAGCACAGCUGUCCAGAGAGUAAAGAACCUCCACUGUCUGCAGCAAAGAUCUUGUACUUUCUUUUGCACUCCACACUUUUCCUAGAAGAGCAGAUGUUGUCUUAUUCGAAGGAUCCCGAAAGCAAGUGGCAGAGGUCGGAUGAGUUCCUUCAUUUACUGAUUGUGCUGUUUCUUAGUUACCAACAAAUAAAAUCAGAGAAUUUACUGACCCGAAUAUUAGACCGAAUUGAUGAGCUUGCACGUGUACAGAGGGCUGUGAAUCCGGACGAUGACAUUACAGAGAGAGAUAUUGACGCUCAACUGGACACAUUUAAAAAGCUCAGAUUUCUUGAGAAUGAUACACCACCAGCACUAACAGAGAGACUUCAUAUGCUACAUACCUUACUUUGUACAGCAGUUCUUAAAAAGACUUAAAGCAAAGAAAGUUGCGUUGUGGAUAUAACACAAUUUAAAACACUGAAAUAAGCCACAUGUAGAGACCAAGCUCCAGUAAGUAUUGCUCUCCAUUUGAGGAUAUAUUACACAUGAAGUGAUUUUUAGUGAUAUGUUACUUUUGUUUGAUUGCAAUAGCAGGUAUUUGAGGUAGCUGCAUCUGAGCUACAAAAAAAAAAAAAAAACUGUAGAUAUUAAGUGAUGUGCCCUUGUCUUAAGAAGCACACUUUAUAACGGCUCGGUAAAAUACCACUAUCUAUAGAUGCAAGCUUAUCUAAAAUAGUAGUAUAUAUUUUAUGGCUUUCUUUUAAGGAACAAGCACUAUUUACAGAUUUAUAAUGCGGGCCAUUAUUUUUUUAUACUAAUGUGGCUUACCUUUAUGUGAAGCUACUGUAAAGCACUUUAUAAAUGUAAAUAGUCAAGA